GGGAGAUUACGUGGUGCUGAAUGCUGAAGUUAGGUCGCCAAUGUUGUUAGCUGAAAAGCUACAUCAAUUAAAGCGGAUAAAUCUAGUGCUCGUUUCCAGACACACAUGGAGUGACACCGGCCAUGUGUUAUAUUGCCAUGUUCGGUAGCUCUUUGGUAUGGUGUCGAAGGUCAUAUGUGCAAUAAUACACGUGGCCAGGAUGAGUCAACAACACAGUGCUGUGAGCAAAGUUUGCUCUGAAGGAUUUGGGAGCCCAACGCCGGCACAUUAACACGUGCGGAUUAGUCACUGACACAUCUACAACCUUACCAAGAAGAGUACUCUGGAAGAAGAAGAAAGAAAGAAAUGUUUGCUAAACUCAAAAAGAAGAUAGCGGAGGAGGCAGCCACAGCCCCCAGGACAGGCGGAAGGAUGCCCCGCUCCAUGAGCAAGGAGUCCAUCACCUCUGUGGGGGCAGACUCCGGAGACGACUUUGCGUCCGACAGUAGCUGUUCGCGAGAUGACCUCCCCUCACAGAUCCUGCGCAAGAAUGAUCACAUUCGCAAGCUGGAGGCUAAACUGGCAGACCAUGCAGAGCAGUUACGGCUGUUGCAGAAGACCAAGGACAAGCUUGAGAUUGCAUUAGAAAAGAACCAGGAUUUCUCCAUGAGGAAACUGCAGGACCAGAAUGAAUCCUACCAGGCCAGCCGUGCCAAGAUGGCGGAGGGUAUGGCCCUGGCUCUGGAGAAGAAGGACCAGGAGUGGACGGACAAGAUGACAACAAUAGAAGAGGAGAAGGCGGCCCUGUCUGCGCGCUUGGCUGAGAUGUCAGAGCAGAGCCUGAGCCUGUUCCAGAAGAGGGACGAUCUGGACGAGCUGGAGGGCUUCCAGCAGCAGGAGCUGGCCAAAGUCAAGCACAUGCUGCUGAGGCGAGAGGAGCAGCUGGGCCAGCAGGAGCGGAAGCUGCAGGAGAGGGAGGGGGAGCUGCAGACGGCCAGGCAGGAGCUGGACCAGGCCCAGGACAGGCUGCGGCAGCUGGGCCAGGAGCACCAGGAAAGCGGCAGGCUCAACGACGAGCUCAAGGCCGAGAGGGAGGAGUUGUUGCUGGUGAGAGAGGAGAUGGAGCUGAAGGUUUCUCAGCUGGAGAGGAGGGAGCAGGAGCUGCAGCAGCUCAUACAACAGGUCUCAGAGGACUUCCAACAGGCCCAGCAGAGCACUGAGUCACUGGAGACGUCUCUGUCAACGCUGCAGACGGAACACGAUGAGCUCAAACUGCAACACGAGCAGCACAAGCAGAAGGCGCUAGUGGAAGAGGAGGAGAGGGCGCGUACGCUGGGAGACCUACAGGAGAAGGUCAGCUCUCUGGAGAGACGGCUGGAGAGCGACCUGUCACAGGACGAACACCUGCAGGAGCUCCUCAAGGAGAAAUCUGCUCUGGACCAGAGGCUGGAGGAGGCUCGUGCUGAGCUGCUGCUGGAAAGGACCUCCCACUCCAACACAGCCAGCUCUCAGGAGGCUCAGAUCUCCAAGUUGAACGCUAGCGUAGCCGAGCUGCAGACCCUCCUCAGACACAAAGACGACUCCAACAAGGCUUACAGAGAGAGGACAGACGCACAGAUUGGCAGUCUGGAGCAGCAGGUACAGGAGGUCACGCAGAAGCUGAAGAACGCAGAGCAGCAGCUGCUGGAUAGCGAAGUCCAGACGCAAACACUGCAGGCGGGCUGGAGCGAGGAGCGCGAGCGGCUGCAACAGCAGGUGGCCAAUCAGAGGCAGAGGGGGCUGGAGCGCUGCGCACGAUUGGAGGAGCAGCUGGCCUCCGUCCAGGCGCAGAAAGACGCUGAAAUCGCUGCUGCACAGGAAGCCAAGAGAGACCUGGAGGAGGAAAAGGCAGAGCUGGAGAGGAGACAGGCAGAGGUGGAGAGCUCACUACGCACACGGACACAGGAGCUGGAGCAGUCGAGGGCGGAAAUGAGCAGCCGCCAGACAGUCAGCGUAGAGAUUGCCAAGGCACUGGAGGACACACGCAAACAGAAGGAGGAGCUGCAGCUCCAGGUGGGAGAGUUGACGGUCACCCAGGAGUCUCUACAUCAGGACCUGACUCAGCUGAGGGAGCAGCUGGCAGACAAAGAGGCCGAGAUCCAAGGCCUUCAUGAAGGUCUUGCGGUGGCGCGUGCGGAGACGGAGCAGCUGCAGUCCCAGGCGGAGCAGCGGGAGCAGGAGCAUCGGGCCCAGCUGGACGCCCUCCAACAGGAAAUGAUGUCACAGACCCAGCAGCUGGACUCCUGCCAAUCACGCGUAUCCGACCUCCAGGGGGAGCUGGAGAGCGUGAGUGGGCAGCUGCAGCAGAGCUCAGAGGUCAGCGAGGCAGAACAGAACGGCACCGUUACCGUCGACGACCUGGAUCACAUGCAGAAGAUCAACAAGGACCUGGAGCAGCAGCUGGGGGAGAAGAACAAGACUAUAAAACAGCUACAACAAAGACUGGCUGAACUGAAGAGGACAUUUCAGAAAGAGCUUAAACUAAAGCCAGACUCUGAGACUGAUGGCAAAGAGAAGGUCAUGGAAGGCCGAGGAGAGAGGCCUGAGAGGCCGACAGACCGGUCCAGUGCAGAGCACUUGGGCUCAGCCAUGGCUCCCACUCCAGCCCCAGGCCCCAGCCUGGCCCCCACGUCGUCCAGUACCACUGUGAUCAACACCUCCGAUCUGAACGACUCACGGGAGAUCAACUUUGAGUACCUCAAACAUGUGGUGCUCAAGUUCAUGUCUUGCAGAGAGGCAGAGGCAUUCCAUCUCAUUAGGGCUGUGUCAGUCCUGCUGCAUUUUACCCCUGAGGAAGAGGACAUGCUCAAACAGACGCUUGAAUACAAGAUGUCGUGGUUUGGCUCCAAGCCCUCACCCAAAGGCAUCAUCCGGCCCUCCAUCUCCGCAGCAUCCUCCGCCAACCACUGGAGCUGAAGAGGAGAAAAAGAGGGGGAGAAAGGGAGAGAGGGAAAGAGAGAGAGAGAGAGAGAGAGAGCAGGCUGGAAGACACAUGAUGGAUGGAUGGAUAGAUGGAACGAUGGACAGAGGAGAAGAGAAUUUCAAAGAGGAGACCGACCGACUGAAGAGGAAAUCAAAGGAGCAAGUGUAUCUGUUUUUGUCUUUGUUUUGUCUUUGUUUUUUAAUGAAGUAUUCACUCACUCACAGCUUUAUGAUGGGCAUCUACAGUACACUGUGGCGCUUUGGCAAAUCUUGUCUUCGUGCUCUGAAACGGUUUUGUACUUCUUUUUUCCGUUCUUUCUUUUCCACAAAUUACCAUUUACAAGAGGAUUGGAUGUCCCUGAACACUACGCAUUUGUGUUUCGCAUUACUACUGUUGUUAUUAUUUAUUUAUUUUUAUUCUUUUCCUGCGAUUUCAUGGAGAGGGGGAAAAAAUGGAAGCCAUCGGUCCUGUCCAAUGUGGAAGCGCUUUUGUCUUUAGUUUUGCCUUCUUGUCACACAUUUAUUUUGUCUCCCUGUCUUUCUAAAAAAAAAAAUAAUAAUAAUAAUGCCCCAUGUGCUACAUGCAAUCUCCACUUCACUCCACUUCACUGUAUUCGCUGUACCUGGGGUGCAGAAAUUGCCUUGAAGACUGCCUUUCUCAGGACCUUUUUUGGGUUCGACGGCGCACAAAAAACAGUGGGGGGGAAGAAAAACUCUUGGGGCAAAGACACAUUUUUUUCCUCUCUUUCUUGACAAGGACCUAAUGUCUAGCCUAUUCUUGGAAACUAACACCCUAUAUUUGGACUUUGCCUUUGUGUAUCUCUGUACAUAACGAUACAUUCCACAUGACUAUUUAUAUAUGAAUGAGUGUAUAUAAGCAUCUGCGCGAAUUGUUGAUUUAUAAAUCACUUAGAUGUAUAUGAUCUUUUAUUUCUUCUCCUCCCAUUUUUCCUCAUAUCUGGUCUGUAAAAUUCAGCAUUUUACAAUAUUUGUCUGUACAGAGGUGCGUGUGUGUUUGUGUGUGUGUGCGCGUGUGCAUUUUGUUUAGCUUGGGGAUAGAAUCUAAACGUUUUAAAGGUGCACUGUGUUGGAUUGUGGCCAGAGUAACUUUAAGCUUACUGCUCAUUGAAACUGUGCUGUCUAUUGCCAAAUUUGAUCCAUUCAUUAAUAUUUACUACAUAAUGAAUUCAUAUUUACUAGUAUGACCAAAGAACACUAAGUUUUGCAGCUAAAAAUGUGCAUUUGUCUUGACAUUCAAAAUGGCGACCAUGGAGAAGAUCCCCCUUUUCAUGUAUGGAAAGUGCGAUUUUCCCAGUCAUAAUACUUAUAAUUUGAUAGUGGUGGUAAGUAUUUGUGAAAAGGGAAACAUUUGUGAAUGGGCAGCAUGAAUCCUGGAAAUAAACUACUAAAAAUAUUACACAGUGCACCUUUUAAGCGGCUGCGGUUUGUGGGUGUGCAUGCCUUACUUGGACUGCCCCAGGUUGUCUGUGCAUCGAGACCAGCGCAGACAUCAUUUAAUGAAAUCCUAUUUUUCAGGGUCAGAAGAGAAUAAGACAGAUCAAAUGGACAGUCACCUCUCGUCAUUUGCCAUAGUCUCUGUGUGUAGUGGAGGUGUCCUGGGCUCAGAAAGUACAAACCUGGCAACAUUUAAUUUCAAACACAAAUGGGUUCACUGAGUAGAUGAUGAUCCACCAGACUUGGAUGCUAAAUAUGAUACAAUCAGUUAAAUCAGAGCUAGCUGGAUCAGGGGGUGCAUUUCUCAAAACCAUAUUUGCUAUGCUAACUAUGUUUGGUACUGUACUGGUUGCAAUGCAAUUUCCCUUUGACAACUACCCAAAUUGCUAACUGACUAGCAUCUAUGCUUUCGAAUAAUUAAGGCACCCCUGAUUUGUGGUUUCAAAGGUUUCAACUUCAUGCACCUUGGACUGUGCCUCCCACCCAAAAACUUUAAGUACUACUUAAGCCUAAGUACUAUCAUGUGCCCCUUUGGUAAUAUAUCAGAAAUAGGUCUAACAUGUUUAUAUAUGCACUAUUUUACCAGGCACAUGCACUUUGCGCAAGGAUUUUAUUGAAAUGUGCGAGAACAAAUAUUGUAUGCAGGCCUAUAAAUUAUUGCACUAUAAACUUCUAGUGAUGUGAUCUAUGAUCUUGGGGGCAAUAAGUACUACUUAAGCUUCAGUACUACUUGAGUUUUUGGGAAAUGCGGCCUAGUUGGACAAGAAUUUCCGCUCUUCCACCAACAGAAGGCGCUAAUGUUCAUGUUCAACAAUCAGGGUAUCCAUCUCAUUAUCUAACCUCCUGCCCUCACCUCGUGCUUGUGGCCUCAUGCUUUAAGGACACUCGCUGAAACAGAGUUUCCCGCUGUCAGCCUAGACACACCAACUAUUGGGGGACUUAUCCCCAUUCAACAUCCCGAUUGCAAAUGAGAAGAUGACUUUUGAAUUAUGCGUUUGUGAGACAUUGAUUAAGACUUCGAUCAUCAUAUAAGUGUUCCUCGCACAAGUAGAGAUCAGGAAGUUAAAUAUUGAAGUGGAUCCAUGGCAUCUAAAUGGGUUAAAACUACCUCUUUUCUCAUAUGUAUGAUGUCAGUGCAAUUCUGUUUGCGGAGUGUGUGAUCGUUUUCUUAGUGGUUAUGUGAAGGUGACAAACUGAAUGGGAAAAAAGAUCUGCGUUUGAAUUUGUCCCCGUCAUGUCCUGUCGUGACUUCCAAUUGUCUCAUUAAUGCACCAGAGCUGACCACCACCAAGACACACAGUACGUUGCAAUAUGCGACCUUGCCUCCUCCACUUGCCUCCUCCACUUGCUUCUCUCCUCGUACCAGGAAGUAAUAUGUCAUGAUGACAUCACUGACAACAGCAUUAUAUUUCAAUAUCUUGCAAAAGCUCAAUUGUCGAGUCUUUUUCUCAUUUGCAAUUGGGAUGGUGAAUGAAAAACAGUCCCUCAAAAGUUGUUGUGGCUUGGCUGACAGCUGGGAAACUUUAUCGUUUUCUCCACGGAGGAGGGGCCAGGAGGCGGGACGAGGAGACAAGCGCAAGUGGAGGAGGAAAGGUCACAUAUUGCAACACCCUCACAAAGUGGGAAAGCCUGGCUUGACUUGAGUUCUGCUAUGUGUUGGUUGUUUCACCAAUGACGUAGUGUUGACUGACUGCAAUGAGUUGUUCUCAUUAUUUUAAAUUGUCAUGUGAAUUGCACAAACAAAAGUUGGGUCCUGGGCAAUGUGUUGGUUAAACACAGGUGUCCCUCCCCGCCUGACCCAGACAGACAUGACUCUAUUCACAGUCCAGUCUCUUUCCAUAAGAGAAGUCGGUAACACUUUAUUUUAGGGAUACAUCUAUUAGCACUAAUACAUACAAUGUUAAUGCCUGCAUAAGUAACUUGUAAGGCAUGUACUAAGCAAACGCUAAGGCCUACUAGGUCCUUACUAAGGUUAAAUUGGUAAUAAAUCCCUUAUUGUGCAUGAACAAGACAUUUGCGAAUACAUGCCUAACAAAUGUUUGAUUUUGCUUUGUACAUGCUUUACAAGUUACUUAUACAGGGACAUUGUAUGUGUUAGUGCUAAUAGAUGUAUCCCUAAAAUAAAGUGUUACCGAGAAGUCUAUAAUUUGCACAUCUUGUCAGUGGCACCUAUCAGUUGUGGGAUUGGAAAUGAAUUUAAUUAAAGCUGCACAAGUGAAACAUUGAGGAGUAAUGGGAAUUUAAAGAGCUCAUGAAAUCAUGGUUAUUGCUACAGCCUUUCUUGGGCUUCCUGGUUUAUUUAUGAUUCUGCUCGUCUACAUUCCUCUCAUGCCAGAAUCAGUGGCAAUGUCAUAAUUUUCAGUUUUCUCCCUCGUGUGGGUAUUGUACCCUCCGUCAGUGAGUAACAAUGUUAAAUGUCAUUUCUUUUCUACCCAAUGGGGUUGGGUGCUUUGUAGUCCAACAUCAUCCGUUUUGGGUUUCAUUAAAGAGAUGUUUUGAAUGCC